AUGAUUCUUAGUCUAGUAUUGCUCCGUGCUGCAAAUGUUCUUGAAUCUACGUUCAAAGAUGCACUGAAUGAGAACAUUGCGAAUGAAGACGCUUCCGAAACUAAAAUAUCAGCCAAGAAAAUCACUACUGAUGAGAAAACAGCUCGACGCAUCUUAAGCCAUGAAAUGAAACACAUUCAUCCAGAGAUAGAACGCAAAAUAACAACAUCCAUGAACAGCAAGACCUACGAUAGAUCAAAAUAUCGUGAGUUAUUUCUAAUCAAAAGACGCGUUAUUGAAGAUGGAAACAGGCAAAUCACUGAAUUUGAUAUUACAGAGCGACUCAUCCCACGUCUACCUACAAUUAGCACUCUUCUCAGCUCUGCCUACUCCAGAAUGAUCUUCUUCACUGUGCUAUUUCUGCUAUCUGUUCUAGUAUUCACUACCACGAUCAAACUGUACCAGAACAUCAUCAAAUUGCGAUACAUCCGAAGAAUAUCAAAGGAAGAACGAAGAACACGCGACAAUUUCAUUUAA